GCCCCGCCCGGAGGUCCCGCGUGGAGCCGCCGCCGCGGAGGAGGAUGAAGGACAAACAGAAGAGGAAGAAGGAACGCACGUGGGCCGAGGCCGCGCGCCUGGUGUUAGAAAACUACUCGGAUGCUCCAAUGACACCAAAACAGAUUCUACAGGUCAUAGAGGCAGAAGGAUUAAAGGAAAUGAGUGGCACAUCCCCUCUUGCGUGCCUCAAUGCCAUGUUACAUUCCAAUUCAAGAGGAGGAGAAGGACUGUUUUAUAAAUUACCUGGUCGAAUCAGCCUUUUUACACUGAAGUAAACACCAUUGUAUGAACCUGCUGUAAGCUUAGGGGUGUUCUGUUAGUCUGCAGUCCAUGUCUGAGGUGCAUUGACUGAAGAUGAGCUCAGCACAUCGUCUCAUCGCCUUUGGCUCUGUUGCUUAUCCUUCAUAGCAUGUUGCUCAUUGGCCCUGUAAGCAUCACUUCUCUGAUACUCAUUUUGUUCUUUUUGCAUUAAUGAUUUGGUUUGCCUGACUGGUUCUACUAGUUAGAUUGAAAAAAAUUAUUGAAGCUAGAAUCUGUAUUUUAGGGCUGGGAAGAUAGCUUGGUGGUCUAGGUGCCUGCCUGGCAAGAGCAUGGACCCAGGUUCGAUCACCGGUACCCUAGUACCACAUGCUGUGCCGCCUUG